AAACUAGCCUGACAUGGCCCCUAUGACAGCAUUAGCACCCGAAACUUUGACGAGAGCAGUCACAGACCACGUCACAUCGAAAAUUCGCCAUGGAACGGAGUCAUCUUUACUUGCCCACCCUGAGCUACGCGGCCAUGGGUCACGUAUACGCGCCGUAUCGCGGCAGCAGCUCACCCGCUCUAUCAGCAGCUUCGUCGUCAUCGUCGAAGCCGGAGCAGAUCGAGGAGCUGGUGUCCCAGCAGCUGCACCAUCUCAAGAUGCACUACGCCGACGAGGAGCAACGCUAUGUGGACCAGAUGCUCCUCGAGAAUCCCAUUGUUGUGGAGCGCCGCGCACCGCCGCCGCUGAAAACGGAGCUUGCCAUGGAACGGGCAUCGGGUUCUGGAUCAGGUUCCGGCUCUGGAUCGGAUGUGAAGGAUGCACAGCGCCAGAGGGCCGAGUCCUGCCGCAAGUCCCGCUACAACAACAAGAUCAAGAAGGCCAAGCUGCGCUUCCGGCACAAAUUCGUCAGCGGGCAGCUGAAGAAGAGCGCCGUCAUGUUGGACACGAUGCGGGAUGUGAUCGCGCAGGCGGAGCGGCAGCUGCUCGAGCGGGGAUUAUCCGCCGCCACCCUCGAGCGCAUGCGUGCCACCUUUGGCCUGGAAAUGGAGCAGUGAUACCUAGAGUAGUUAUGUGUCGUAGGAACGGAUCCCUGACUAGUCCAGCAUUAGCCACGCCAUUUUUUUUCUUGUUGACUAUAUCUAGUAUUUAUGUAAGCAUAUUAUUAAAUUUUUAAAUAAAAUUAAGCACCACAUUGAAAACGAA